GUACGUCCAGUAGGUGGCACAUGAGCUUAGACCACCUGAAAAUGACUUAAGUUAGUACGACUGAUUAUCCGACUUACACCAUAUAAGCGUUAGAAAAUAAAUGAUGGAAAUAUCAAAUAUUUUGUAGCAACUUGCUACGUUAAACCAUUCAUAUUCAUUUCCCAACCCUUAGCCAAGACCAUACCAGGGUAGUUCGCAAUCUGCUUCCGUGUGCAUCCCAGAGCUCUUAUAGGUGGUAUAUAUGACAAGACUCUACACGUUACACCACCAUAAACCACCUCAUAUCCAUUCUCAUAUCCAUUCUACCAUCUAAUAAUAGUCUGUGCCGCGUCUAAUGUAUAACCGGUACACGCGCCCUUUGCUUUACUACGUGAGGACUGCCGCUAAGGCACCACAAGUUGCGACCAAACCCGUCGGGGCGACACGCCGAGGCGCACAGGCGGUUGCAACCUCUCGCCGGUGCUCACUCCUGUAUCAGGAUCAGGAUCAGGGUCAGAUUCGCCGAACUUUCACGACUUCAGCAGCAGUCAUGGCAAGCCCCCCGAAUUCCCAACCUGCUCCCCAGUUCUCGGCUGGCGUCGACGAGCCGGCUCUAACACGGACCCUAGAGACUUUGCUGGCAUCAGCAGGGUAUGGUGGUCGGUGGGUACUGGUCGCUAGCGGCGAGGGUCUGGAGAGGAGCUUCAAGUUCAAGACGUUUGCGAAGACGUGGGACUUUAUGACUGCAGUGUCACUGCAGUGCAAGCUCAGAAACCACCACCCGGAAUGGUCCAACGUAAGGUGCCCCCUACUGUACUCCUUUCAUUCGUCCCUUCGUUUAUUAUAAAAAGAGAAUGCGUCCUGCACACGUGCC